CCUCAGCUCCCAAGCGGGAAAGUCCCCUGCUCCCUCACCUCAGCUCCCCUUCACUCCAUGCUCGCUGAGGACGGACGGACGGACGGCGCCUUCCGGCGAGAUCCCCGGCAGGAGACGCAGAGAUGAGAGGCGAGCGCAGAAGGGUGGCCUGAGCGGCCCCGCGGCCCCGCCCACGUCCCCACCCCAGGGCGCCGGCAGCGCCGAGGCGGGUGCGAAGCGGCAGCCCCCAGGCCAAAAGCUGGGGGCAGAGUCCAAGCGGCCUAAGCCCAGCUCCGCGGGACGCCGCGCAGCCAGCGCCCAGCACGGAGAUGGCCAGUGGGGGCUGCCCUGGCCGUCCAGUGCCGCUGCUGCCGCUGCUGCUGCUGCUCGCCCUACUCUGGCCGGGCCGCGCCACAGCAGCGGAGAGCUGUGUGUGCAAAGUUAAAAGUCCCUGCUUCUGCCAUGGCAUGAAAGGGAGUAAGGGUGAAAAAGGCUUUCCAGGUAUUCCAGGUCCACCUGGUCAUCAAGGCUUUCCUGGUCCAGAAGGGCCUCCAGGGCCACAGGGCCCAAAGGGCUCUCCAGGGCUUAGGGGCUUAGCUGGACCCAAGGGUAUACGAGGAGCCCCAGGAAUACCUGGAUUUUCAGGUCCCCCUGGCCUUCCAGGGCAGCCAGGAAGUGUCGGUCCUCCUGGGCGCUUGGGUGUUCCGGGAUGCAACGGCACGAAGGGUGAUCAAGGAUUUCCAGGUCCUCCUGGCAGAAGAGGUGCUCCAGGUGUCCCAGGUAUUGCUGGCAUCAAAGGAGAGAAGGGGUGCCCUGCAGAUGGAUAUAGCCAAGGGUAUGGUGUAAAAGGUGACCCCGGAUUGCCAGGAAUGCCUGGACUUCAGGGUGCCCCAGGUGCUCAAGGAUAUCCUGGGGAACAUGGACCACAGGGCCCUCCAGGACCUUCAGGCAUGCCAGGGAAAGCAGGACCUCCUGGACCUAAGGGUCUUAUGGGCCUGAAGGUCAUAGGGAGCAAAGGAAGAAAGGGUGACACUGGGUUAACUGGCCCCCCAGGACCCCCAGGAACCGUUAUUGUGACCCUGAGUGGACCAGACAACAUCACGGACUUGAAAGGAGAGAAAGGAGAAAAAGGAUCAAGAGGACUUCCAGGACCAAUGGGGUUUACAGGGCCAGUUGGUGAUUCUCAAAGUGAAAAGGGGGACCGAGGAGAACCUGGAACACCGGGAAAACCUGGAAAAGAAGGUGCCCCAGGUCCUCCUGGCUUACCAGGACAGAAAGGUGAACAGGGCAAGCCAGGACUGGCUGGCAGGCAAGGAGCUAAGGGGAUGAAAGGAAACAUUGGUCCACCUGGAGCUCGCGGUCGAACGGAGUAUUACGACAGUGUGGUUGGUGAAAAAGGAGAUGAAGGACUCCCUGGACCUCCAGGACCAAAAGGUCGUCGUGGCUUGCCUGGGCCACAGGGUCCUCCUGGAGUUGCUGGUAGACCAGGUGUGUCAAGACCUGGUCUGAGAGGUCCCCCAGGAUUUCCUGGGCCAAAAGGAACUAAAGGAGAGAAAGGACGAACUGGAGUAUGUAUUGUGGGCCCUCCAGGACUACCUGGUGUUACUGGCAGACCUGGUUCUGUUGGAUUACCAGGUCCUCCAGGAGAACCAGGUAGAGUAACAUUUAGAACAGGCCCACCAGGACUUCCAGGAGAGCCAGGGUGUAUGGGACCUCCAGGACAUCCAGGAGAUGUUGGUGUGAAAGGUGACGAAGCUCACGUGUGUACUGACUGCACCUACAUCCCGGGAAUUCCUGGCCUUCCUGGUGCUCCUGGGCCACAUGGUCGGGAUGGUGUGCCUGGUAGAGAAGGAACAACAGGUCCAAAAGGUUCUCCAGGUUCUCCAGGAGCACCAGGCUUUCCAGGAGUUCAAGGACCUCCAGGUUUUAGAGGAGAGCAAGGACAUAAAGGAGCAAAAGGUGAACCAGGAUAUGUGUAUCCAGAAGGGCCAAAAGGUGAGCGAGGAGAUCCAGGGUCCAGGGGAGACAGAGGAAGAAAAGGCUCAAGUGGAUUUCUGGGAAGACCUGGCUCUAAAGGAUCCAAGGGCUCUAAAGGUGAAGAGGGGCUGGCUGGUUCAAAAGGAGAUAGAGGACUACCUGGCUUGCCUGGCAGUCUUGGUCUUCCUGGAGAGAUGGGGCUCCCUGGACUGCCAGGAUAUGGACCACAAGGCAUAAGAGGUUUCAAAGGCUCUAAAGGAAUUCCUGGUCUGCCUGGAUUACCUGGAGAAGCUGGUCUGAAAGGAGACACCAGUAGGAUAACUCCAUUACCUGCAUUACCAGGACCUCAAGGACCACAUGGUUUACCUGGACCCCCAGGAGUGCCAGGCAGGGUUGGUGCAAGAGGUCCUCCAGGUGAUUCAGGACAUCCAGGGCCAACAGGUGACAGAGGCUUUCCAGGGCUUGGCUUUCCUGGAAACCCAGGUCCAAAAGGAGAUAAAGGACUUCCAGGAGGUAGAGGCUCACCAGGUUGUGAAGGAAAGACUGGAGAUCCAGGCCGAGCUGGAAACCUGGGACAACCAGGAGAAAAGGGUGACCCUGGUGUGGUUAUUCCUGGAGAGCAAGGUAGAAUGGGUCCACCAGGAGGUCAUGGCAUUCCUGGCUCAAAAGGUGAUAUUGGAUUUCCAGGACUUCCAGGCAUACCAGGACAUGCUGGACGUGAUGGUGAUGUUGGCUUAAGAGGAGAUCGUGGCUCCCCUGGAGUUCCUGGAGAUCCAGGUUUUCCAGGGAAACCUGCUGAAUGCCUUAUUGGCCUGCCAGGUUUGCCAGGUGUUCAGGGAGCUACAGGUCCAGCAGGAGGAAGAGGUUUACCAGGUUCAAAAGGAAAACAAGGCCUUCCUGGCAUGAGUAUCCCAGGAAUCUCUGGAGAGCCUGGGGAACCUGGAUUAAUAGGUCUUCAGGGAAAUACAGGAUUACCUGGUCCAAAGGGACAGUCUGGAAGGCCAGGAAUCACUGGUGUCCCAGGCCCAAGGGGAGAACCAGGUGUAAUGGGCCUGUUGGGAAUUCCUGGGCCCCCUGGCACGAUGGGAAGACCAGGCUACCCGGGUCUCACAGGUUCUUCUGGCUUCCCAGGAAUAAAGGGAAGAAAAGGGUUUCUUGGAGCAAAAGGUGAACCAGGUGAUAAAGGUUUUCCUGGACCAUCUGAGACCUUGGUUGGUAUUGGGAAUAAAGGAGAACAAGGCUUAAAAGGAGUUCAAGGUACAGUGGGUCCAAGAGGAGCAAAAGGAGAUUGUGGUCUGCAAGGUUCCCCAGGUGGUGAUGGGCCAGACGGAAUACCUGGCCUGCCAGGUGUCAAAGGAUUUAUGGGCCUUCCAGGGAUUCCUGGAGGACAAGGAUUCCCAGGUGCACCAGGAAGCAAAGGGGACAUGGGAAUGCCAGGUCCCAAAGGACAGAAAGGAUCUCCAGGCUUUCCAGGACUGCCAGGUGACCCUGGUACACCAGGCUACAGAGGCUUUCCAGGUGACAAAGGAGAUCGUGGGCAUCCAUCUGCUGGGCCUCCAGGAGAACCUGGUCCAAAGGGAGAUCCAGGCCCCCCAGGAGUUGUGGGCAGCAAAGGAGAAAAAGGAUCCCAAGGUCAUCCAGGGCAUACAGGAGUACCAGGAGCGCAUGGGAUGAGAGGGGAAUCUGGAAGUGCAGGAAUUCCGGGGAUGCUUGGACCUCCUGGAGAUAUGGGUGCCAAAGGACAACAAGGCCGCCCAGGACGACAGGGCAUUCCAGGCCCUCCUGGUGCUGUCGGAGCCCCUGGCAAAACUGGACUUGUUGGUGCAAGAGGCAGUCAAGGCCGAGACGGCAUGCCUGGUCCCCCGGGAGGAAAGGGAGAACCAGGAGCACCAGGCAGAGGGAUACCUGGCCUUCGUGGCAUUCCUGGUCGUAAAGGAAUCAAAGGGAACAUGGGACUGCCUGGGUUUCCUGGGCCCCCAGGUGUGAAAGGUCAUCAGGGUGAUCGAGGACCCAUUGGACCUCCUGGCUUAGUGGGGUUACCUGGAUUUCAAGGUGCAACAGGCAUGGCAAUUACUGGCCCAAAAGGAAACAGAGGUGUUGCUGGUGCAGAUGGAAGACCAGGUGCUCCUGGUUUUCCAGGGCCUCCUGGUGUUUCCAUUCCCAGCAUUAAAGGAAGCAAAGGUGACAGAGGGGCAGAUGGCAUACCAGGGCCAAGAGGCCCACCUGGUGAUGUUGGUCCUCCUGGUCCAAAGGGAACAGAAGGUCGAUCAGGUUACCCCGGUGCUAGAGGACAUCCCGGAUUUCUUGGAUUCCCAGGUGUAAAAGGAGAAAAGGGUAAUCAGGGACCUCCUGGACCACAGGGUGCAGAAGGACCACGGGGACCCAAGGGCCAGCAUGGUCCACCUGGAGUCCCUGGGAGAAUAUUCUCUCUUCCAGGCCACAAGGGUCCUCCUGGAUUGCCAGGAAUCCCUGGGACACCAGGUGAUCAAGGAAUUCAAGGGAUCCCUGGACUACAAGGACCUAAAGGAAUAAAAGGUCUACCAGGAAGUUUUGGUCAUCCAGGUCGACCAGGACUGCCUGGUCCAAAAGGAGACAGAGGAUUUCCAGGACAAAGAGGACACCCUGGACUGAUUGGCUUUCCAGGGCUGCAGGGCUUGCCUGGCUCACCAGGUCCUAUCGCUGCGGGUCCCACACGAAGAGGUUUUAUCUUUACCCGGCACAGUCAAUCAACAAAGAUCCCUUCCUGCCCCGGUGGCACUUCACCCAUCUAUGCUGGCUACUCACUGCUUUUCGUGCAAGGCAACGAGCGAGCACAUGGACAAGACCUUGGAGCAGCUGGCAGCUGCUUGCAGAGAUUCACCACCAUGCCAUUCUUGUUCUGUAGCACCAAUGACAUCUGUAGCUUUGCUUCUCGCAAUGACUAUUCGUAUUGGCUGUCAACUGCAACACUAAUUUCAGCAGACAUGGCACCCAUUUCUGGCAGGGCACUAGAGCCCCACAUAAGCAGGUGUGUUGUCUGUGAAGGAGCUGCAAUGGUCAUAGCAGUUCACAGCCAGUCAACUGUAGUUCCUCCAUGCCCAGAUGGCUGGAUAUCUCUCUGGAAAGGUUUUUCUUUUGUUAUGUACACAAGCGCCGGCUCAGAAGCUUCUGGCCAAGCACUGGCAUCUCCUGGGUCUUGUCUGGAAGAAUUUCGAGCCAUCCCAUUCAUAGAGUGCCAUGGCAGGGGGACCUGCAACUACUACACAAACUCCUACAGCUUCUGGUUGGCAUCACUCAAUCCAAGAAGAAUGUUCAGGAGACCUCUGCCACAAACAUUGAAAGCAGAACUAGAAAACAUCAUCAGCCGUUGCCAGGUCUGCAUGAAGAGACCAGUCUAAGCAGCAGCUGCUCUGGAUGAGAUGUGGAACUCUGCUUCUGUUACAAAGAAUUGCUUGACUCUGAGGAGCUCUAAUUUAUUAAAGUCCAGCUGCACCUGGAAAGCAAAUAACUGUGGCGUGAGGUAGGGCUACAGUUUGGCUUUUGUCUGUGGCAAAUGACAGAGCACUUUGUUGGAGAGAGCUUGCAGUGGCAGUCUGCAGGGUUUCUGCUGGGCUAUGUCCUGUCUAAGCUGUGUCUCCGUGAUAAAGCCACAGCACCACCGGAUCUCUCAUGACAGAUGUCAGUGCUGCCUUGUCACAUGCUUUUCAGAUGGCAGGACACACCAAACGCGCUGGUGUCAGCUUGCCUGUGUUCAGUGGUCAAAGUGCAUGCAAUGUAAGAUGAGAACUGGCACUUAGGAGAAAUAGGGUUCAGUAAGAAACAUUCUCAGUGCACUUUUAAAUGUAUACAAUGACUCAUUUGGGGUUGUUGUGGUUUGGUUUUCUUGUCUAAUAAACAACUAUCUCCCCACUUACCUCACCCUUCCUCUGACUGGCCAACAGGAAUACAAUCGUUGUAGCAAUAAUGCUGGGUCUUGGCUAGCCAGGAAAGAGCAAGACCAUGCCUCAGGCAGUCAGCAUAGUGGUGGUGACAUGUGCUAGCCAUGUUCUCCACAGCCACCCUGGCUAAGGGCUGGCUCGCACCCAGUGCUGGACAGUCUGCAGUAGAUCCCACAGCUCUUCACCUAGAGCAUGAGCUAUUUUACAGUCCCCACAAGGUAACAGCUUUGGGCUUCCUUUAUGAUCACAUGUACCAGAUUAGAGUUUGGGAUUUUGAUGGAGUUAACCAUUACUGUAUUGCUUCAGGGCUCCUGUGGCAUUAUCAGGGUUUUCUAAAUCAGGUUUUUAAUGGCUAACAAGAACACUUAUAUUCCUAUUUUAACAUUCCAUAUUUAAAUACUCAUCACAAAUUAUAUCCUGUCUUGAAAUAUUUAUCACCUAUCUCUGCUAAUGAUACCAUUUAUUCCAUCCAGUAAACCUAAAAAUCAAACCCUGGACAUUUAAACUGUUACCAUCUGAGCACUGACACAUACAAAGAGAAUCCAACUGUAGAUGAACAUCAAUACUUGAAGAGCACUUUCAUUUACUCAUCUAACUUACAUCAAGUUGUAGCGCUGAGAUCUUUGUUUUAAACAUUGAUAACAUUGCACUUGCAAGGCUGUUUAAAAGUGUAAAGUUUAACAUUUCAAAUGGUAAUACGUGCACAAUCUAUCCAAAUUCCAGUAUUUAGCAUUCUAGAAGCAGCUUAGUUCACCUGAGUGAAGGCACCAUUUUCAGUGUAGGGUCCAGCACGUCAUUGACAUAGCCAAGAUUUCUCAUUUAGACUUUUUAAGCCAGUGACAUUUCAUAUUGUUCCUGUUAAAAUACUUUGCAUCAUGUCUGUCUGACUGAAUUUUCGCUGUUAUCCUAAUGAAGAGAAGGUUCCUCUGCAUUUGAGGCUGGCAUCUUCUGAUGAGCCAAGGUGAAGAUACCAUUAACAUGGCUGGAAUGGGUAUUGUGAAGUUCUCGUUUGCUUGAACAGUCACAGCACUUCUGUUCACAAAGUGUAAUUGUGAAUUUGAGGGGGUUUAUGAAGACUCUCUAUGCAGAUGCACUACUGAUAAGAAGGUACUGAUGUUGAGUUAAUACUUAGUCUUCCACUUUAACCAGAUUUGGUUGAGGGUGUUUGCCCCAAAGUAAUCACAUACUAGAUUUUUCCAUGAACUCUGAAGUUUGCUUUAAAUACAGAUAAAAUCCACACACAUUGCUUGUCCUGUUGUUGGGGGUUUGGUGUUUUUCUUUAAGGCUCAUGACAGUCACCCACAGGGGGUACUUAGUGGAUGAUUCUGAGGGCCCUCAUGUAAAAUGUGCUGGUGAAAUGCAGAAUGUCAGUACCUGAAGUUGAAGUCUGCUGGAAAUGGCCAGUAGAGGACUGUGUAAGGAGAAGGGAACAGAUGAUUGUUUUUAAAGCUCAAAGGUAAGCUAAAGAGAGCUGUUAUGUCUCACAGCAAAGAACUAGAAGUUAUGCUUUGUUCCUAGUUCUGGAGUCCACUGCUUGCUUCUUGUGUGGCUUUCAACAAGUUGCUAAAGAAAGACUUCCAAAAACAGCUUUAAAUUUUGAGUGCUCAGACUCAAGUCUUUCAAAAGCACUAAACACAACUGCAGGGAUAUGCAUUUCUCAAGCUCAGCUUAACACAAGCUAAGCACUGAAAUCAAAGAAAAGCUUGGAACUAAGCUGUUCUCUCUGCACCUGCAGAUCGUUUUACUUCCCUACUGCUAAUGGUUGUUGUGAGGAUUAGUUAACUCCUGUCUGUAAAUGCUUUGAGAGCCUUAACUGGGCAAUGCUGACGAGGUGCAAGGUGUUAAUAUAUUGUACUGAAAGAAUGGAAAUAUGUGGAAUCAGAAAUAAUGAGCAA